GUCAUUGACCUACUUAUUUCGAAUAGGAAAAAGCACUGUCCCAUACAUUAUAAUGGAAGUGUGCACGGCCAUAUGGAAGCGAUUAUCAAACAUGGUAAUAAAACCAUUGACAAAGGACAAUUUCCGAGAAAUUGCAAAGGAUUUUGAAGAAAAGUGGAACUUUCCCCACUGCAUUGGGGCUCUUGAUGGCAAACAUGUAUUAAUACAGGCUUUUCCGAAUAGUGGUUCUGAGAACUUUAAUUAUAAGGGAACUCAUAGUUUAGUUCUCUUAGCGCUAUGCGAUGCUAACUACAAUUUUACAGUUGUGGAUAUUGGAGCUUCAGGUCGUCAAAGUGAUGGUGGUAUUUUGAAAAAUUCAAAAUUUGGUAGUGCAUUGGCAACAAAUAUGUUGCCAAUUCCCCCAAAGGAAGUUCUGUCGGGUUGUACAACACCGAUGCCAUACGUAAUCGUAGCUGAUGAAGCAUUCCCACUUACGAAUUACCUAAUGAGAGCAUACCCUGGGAAAAGAGGACCGUUAGAACAUAAAAAGGAAAAUUUUAAUUUCCGAUUAUCACGGGCACGAAGGGUGAUUGAAAAUUGCUUUGGCAUUAUGUCAGCUCGGUUUAGAAUAUAUCGGAAACCAAUUUUAUGUAAUCGAGCAGGAGUUAUCAGUAUUAUUCAAGCAACGGUGUGUCUCCACAAUUAUUUAAAUAAAUAUUGUUCACGAAAUAUUUCGGGUAGCAAUAAUCGUGUGAAUGCUUAUAAGGAAAUUACACGAACUGGAAGUAACACAUAUUCCCGUUCAGCUGAAAACAUAAGAAAUGAGUUUGCGGAGUAUUUUUUAAAAUACCCGAUAGAACAUGUCGAAUAA